AGAACUUGACUCUUGCCUCUUGCCUCACAAACUAAGCAAAAAGAGAUAAUAUCCUUAAUUCCUUAUCUUUCCCUACAACUAUUCUUUUUUCUUUGCAUCAACUAACAAUGGCUUCUUCCACUCUUCAAUUUCUCUCUCAAACAACCACUCUUCACUUGAAUCUCUCGCACCCAAAUAAAACCAUCCACACAUUUUCUUACCCAUCACCAUUUCCUCUAACACACCUAAAACACAACCUUACUUCAAUCAUACCCAAAUGCACAACAAAUUCCUCAUCUCUAUCAACACCCGAACCGGCAGAUAACUUCCCUACACCAAGCCGAGAAUUUGAAGCUACAAACCCGGCUGAACAAUUUCCCAUCGAGAAAAGAAGAAGAUCCGAAAUCAUCCGUGACAGGAAGAUCCAGACUCGAAUUGUAAAACCGGAUCCUCCAAAUUUUGAGAUUGGGUGGAAGAGGACUAAUCCCAUUAACUUAGAGAAGCCUACAGGGUAUGUGAUCAUGGAUUUCUUAGAUAAGCUAGAUGGGUUAAUGGGUAGAGAAUUUGGGUCAACAGAAUUACUUGCAAAAACAGGGGAAAUAGUGGCUGAAAGAGUAAGAGAAGAAGCAGAAAUAUUGAGAGAUGAAGGUAAAGUUGAAGAUAGAAUGGUAAAUGAACUUUUUAGAGUGUUGAAGUUAAUGGAAAUGGAUUUGGCAAUGGUUAAAGCUGCUGUUAAGGAAGAAACUCUUAAUCAAAGGAUUGAACAAGCUAAGGCUAGGUGUAGACAAGCUAUUUUGGUUGCCAAGUCCUUCUGAUGAUCAUUUCAGGUCUGCUUAGUAUAAUUUUGGUAGGAAUAUUUAUAGACAAGUUUAAUAGUCAUGUUUAUUUUAUUUAAAACAAUCUCAUUUUGUUCACACAAUUUAUUCCAAUCCGUUAUUAUUUGAAA